AGGUGGUAGUUUGUUGUUGGAUAGACUCCUUGCUUAUCAGUUUGUUGGGAGUUUUUGUAAAAGCUUACACGGUGUUAUCGGCAUUAAGCAACUUUAUCAAGUGCCAAAAUGCCUACAGAAAAUUUGUCUGAUAAACGAAUGUCUAAGUUCAAAAAUAAGGGCAAAGAGCCGACGAAAAUGCGCGACCGCAGAAUCGCUGAGUGCGUUGAGCUCAGAAAAGCUCAAAGGGUUGAAAGUAUUUUGAAGAGGAGAAAUAUUUCGUCCCAUGGAGAUGAGGAACCUCUGUCACCUGAGUUUAACACUGACAACGAGCAGAUCAUAUCGGCCACGAUCCUAGACAUCGUUGCAAAUGUGAACAGUAAUUGUCCAGAAAGUCAAAGACAAGGCUGUCAAGCAGCUAGGAAGCUGCUGUCCCGGGAGAGGAACCCUCCUCUGAAGGAGAUCGUUGAGGCGGGACUGCUGAGUCGCUUUGUGGAGUUUUUGGGGAGGCACGAUGAUCCCACUCUGCAGUUUGAGGCUGCGUGGUCUCUCACUAAUGUUGCAUCUGGCACCUCUUGGCACACACAGCAGGUGGUUGAGCAUGGAGCGGUGCCAGCCUUCAUCGCCCUACUGGCUUCACCAAUGCUGAACAUCAGCGAGCAAGCUGUAUGGGCUUUAGGCAACAUUGCUGGUGAUGGUCCAUCAUAUCGUGAUGCCCUGAUCGAUUGUGGUGUCAUUCCUGCGUUGUUGGCGCGACUCACACCUGACGCCCCAGUUGGAUACCUCCGCAACCUGACGUGGACCCUAUCAAACCUUUGCAGGAACAAGAAUCCUUUCCCGCGAUUCAGUGCCGUCCAGCAAAUGCUCCCAUCAAUUAUUCAACUGCUUCACCACAGUGACAAGUCCAUACUGUCUGAUGCAUGCUGGGCCAUUUCUUACCUCACAGAUGGACCCAAUGAGCGAAUUGAUGUAGUGAUAAAGACUGGUAUCCUUUCACGAUUGGUUGAGCUCUUGGGUUUUGAGGAACUUGCAGUGGUGACCCCAGCCCUGCGCUCUAUUGGGAACAUCGUGAGUGGCUCAGACCUCCAGACACAAGCGGCCAUUGAUGCAGGUGUGCUGGGCGCUCUGCCCCAGCUGAUGCGCCACCCCAAGUCCAGUAUACAGAAGGAGGCUGCUUGGGCCGUCUCCAACAUUGCAGCUGGGCCCUGCCAGCAGAUUCAACAGCUCAUCACAUGUGGCUUACUGCCUCCUCUAGUUGAUCUCCUAAAAAAUGGCGAUUUCAAAACCCAGCGAGAGGCUGUCUGGGCGGUGACCAACUACACAAGUGGUGGAACCGUUGACCAAGUGGUACACCUGGUCAAAUGUGGUGCUCUAGAGGCAAUCUUGUCUUUACUUCAGGUUAAAGACACCAAGACGGUUCUGGUGAUCCUAGAUGCCGUUAACAAUAUCUUCUUGGCUGCCGAGAAACUCGGGGAGGUGGAUAAACUCAGUUUGUUGGUGGAGGAAGUGGGCGGACUGGAUCGAAUCGAAUUCCUCCAAAACCAUGAGAACAAUGCGGUGUACAGGGCUGCUCAGGCUCUCAUUGACAAGUAUUUUAGUGAGGAGGGUGAGGAUCAGUGCUUGAAAACUGAAGCCACGGAUGCAAACUUUGUCUUUGGCGCAUCUGAUGUGCAGAAGAAAUUUGACUUUUGACUUGUUUUAGUACGUCUAAAUGGAAUAAAGUGUAUUUUUGCAGUA